UUCAAGUCUUCCAGAAUGAAAGAAAAAAAGUCUUUUAGAGUAGCCCUUCUACUGUCAUAUCUUGUUCUAGUCGCCGCAGGAAAAGGUGCAAGAACUAUACAACAAUGGGAAAAUACUAGCCAGAUCCCCACAUAUCAACAAUUUAAAAAAACCAUUAUGAUGGAAGAUGGAGAUAUCUAUGAUUGCAUCGAUGUAAAUCUACAACCGGCUUUUAACCACCCGUUGUUGAAAGACCACACAAUUCAGAUGGAACCAACUUCUUUUCCGAUUGGACUAAACAUAAAGUCUUCGUUCCCACAUGUCGUUUCACAAGCGCAUUUUUCUAUCGUCGAAUGCCCAAGAGGAAUGGUUCCAAUACUACGUAAUGGUAGAAGGGAUCAAAUAUCAGCACACUUUAUAGAUCAAGCGAUUAACAAGGAUGCACAACUCGAGGAGGCAGGGAUGAAAUAUUUUGAUGAUUUAUAUGGGGUACAAGCUACAAUAAAUGUUUAUGAGCCAAAGGUGAAGAAGGAUAGCGGGGAUCUUAGUCAAACAGGGAUCCAAAUUGAUAACGGACCAAAGGGUCAUAUGGACAGUAUAAAUGCUUGUUAUUCAGUAUCUCCAAGCUUCUAUGGCGAUACUUUUGCGAGGUUUCAUGUUGGUUGGCGUGAUGGUGUACAAAACAAGUCAUGCAUUGAUCAUGAUUGCCCUGGUUUCGUUCAAGUUAGCCACAAUGUUGGCCUUGGAGGAAGAGUAAAACCCGUUUCAGUUUACAAUGGUCCACAAUAUGUGAUACACAUUCUUAUUUUCAAGGACCCAAAGACACAUAAUUGCUGGUUGGCAUAUGGUAAAGACAAAACACCAGUUGGAUAUUGGCCAAGUUCAUUAUUCACUAGCCUUAAGGAUAAAGGGAACUUUUCAUACACGGGUGGGCACGCUUCAGGACCGACAGCUUCAUCAGACUCUCCACAAAUUGGCAGUGGGCAUUUUGCCUCCGAAGGCUAUGGAAAAGCGGCUUUUAUAAAAGACAUCCAAAUUAUUGAUAACAACAACAAGCUUGUAACACCAAAUGAAGAGAAAGCGAUUAGUGGCAGUAGUGAUUUAAGGAAAUAUACCAUCGGCAAUUAUGGAGUUGACGACCAUGGUGUGCAUAUGUACUAUGGUGGGCCGGGUAAUUUUGUCUAAGAAUGUACCCUACAAACUACAAUAAAGUUGUCAUUAUAUUCUUGAGUUGGA